CGCCACCCCUGCUAGGUGGGAGGCGACUGCUACGUUGGAGGCCACUACUACUGGCCAUUGAAACUUGGAGGCCAGCUAAAGGUGGCCAUCGCUAGUGGCCGCCGCUGCUAGGUCAGAGGCCAGCGCAUUGACCUAUCCACAAUGCAGGGCCGCUCGUCAGCUGGAGCUUGGAGGCCAACGCUGCUAGGUUGGAGGCCGCCGCUGCUGAGCCACCGCUAUUACGAUAGAAACCAUCGAAUUCCGCCACCUUUCUAUACAGUAGCCGCAGGUUUAAAUAGAAGAUGUUAAAAAACACGGCUACAAGGUGGCCUGUCCAUUUGCCAAUUCCAACCUGCAAGUAACCGGAAGGUCCUGUUCGCACAGGUUUCACACAAAAAGGUUUGAACAUUUACUGCAUUGGCAAACUUAGAUUUGUCUCACAUGUUGUUCCUGCUCCAAAACCUGCCCCAUUCAACAUUCGGAGUGAAUUUUGUGCAACUUUUCCGCACGACGUCCAGCUGGUUGCUGACUGACUGAGCUGCCUUCUUGGGGGAGAGUUUCGGCCAGGAGUUGGCUGAAAGGUGGGUGCCCUCAUUGUUGGUGUGCUUGGCGAGGGCUUGUGGGCUGACCAUUUUUGGGUAUCAGUGGCGGAAGGGGAUGUUGGAGUGCUUUGUGUUGUGCCAGCUGCGUGAUGAAGGAAACCGGGUUGGUCUUGGAGAGCGUUCUUCCGGAAGCUGCCUGCACACUUUGCAUCUCAUGAGGGCAGCUGAAACCAGUAUAUAAUACGGGAACUCAACGAAACAACAUCCUCUCCCUCGUUUUUUCUCCCCCUCACGCUUGAACAUUCUGGAUCGAACCCAUGCAUUAACCAACCUCGGCACAUGUUAGAUGUGUUUUGCGGUUGGGGCUCAUCAUUGUGCUUUUAGAGGGCAGGUGUGGGCAGUCACAGGGGCAGGUGGUCAUAUGGUGGGUGGAUAUCAGAAAUGCAUUCCGCAAUUGAGUGUGGUCGUGCCGUCAGGAAUUGUAGUGUGCGGCAACGCAAGCGCAAUAGCAUCAGCAUAAUUGCGUUUGAGGAUUGAGCAUCCAUGGUUGAUUUUUGGUAACCACAUGUUUUUGUUCAGCGGACCUUGUGGCAGAGACGCGCCGCAGGCUUUGGCCUCAAACACAGGUUUUGAGCCCCGCACGUGCUGCGAUGGCGGCAGUGCCUCGUGCAAAAGCACGCUUGUCCGAAGCGUUGGCACAAGGACAAGCGCUGAAAGUUGAUCAGCUGAAAAGGCUCUUUGGAGAGGAUGGCAUUGAAAUCUUGUACGAACAUGUGAAACCCAACGAAGCCGGAGAGAUUCCAGCUGACCAAUUGCUCGAGUGGCUGUACGGAGAUGGUCAAGGUGCCAGAAUGCUCUCUCACCUCGAAGUGCCGGGCGGUGCCACACCACGUGGUGGAGGAGACAGUCCGGGUGGCAAGUCCGCCCGAACUGAGAAAGACAUUGAAAAAUUUGGCAUGCUGAUGGAAAUGAGCAAGACAGAUGAAGCUUUGGCCGAAUACCGGGCCAUGGCCAAAGAUUUGGCUGAAGAAUUUCAGGACAAAGUGGCCAAUCCCACAGCUGAAGCCUUCAUCGAGCAGUUGUGUGUGGAAAAAAUCUUGCAGGGCGCCUUGUUCGUGGGGCAUGUCAAGACGGACUUGGACAGCAUUGCGGGAGCUAUAGGCGGCGCGUGUUUGUGGCAGGGGACCGCCACUCGCGCCGAGAUGGAUUUGAACGGGGAGAUCAUGUAUGCCUUGAAGUGGGCAGGCCUGGAACCGCCGCCCUUCUUCGACGAUCACCCCGGAGCAGCGAAACCGGAUGCCGCGGGCAAGCUGCUGCCAGUGUGCUUGGUGGACCACAACGAGGAUAAGCAGAUGGUGCCCUCCCUGCGUGACGCGCCCGACCGGAAGAAGCGGAUCAUCGGGCUGAUCGACCACCACGCGCUGGCAGAGUCCAUGGCCUCGGAAAAGCCUUUGUUCAUGGACGUGAGGCCUUGGGGCUCGAUGAGCAGCAUCGUGACCCACGCCUUCAUCCGAGGAAACCGCAUGAUUCCCAAGGCCAUCGCGCGGAUUUUGCUGGCUGCCAUCUUGUCGGACACCUUGAACCUGCAGAGCGUGACCACCACCAACGCCGACCGCUUUCUCGUGACGGUGCUGUGUAUCCUGGGCGAGUGCGACGACCCGGACGAGCUGGCACGGAAGAUGUUCCGUGCGAAGACUGAGUGGAUUGUGGGACUGGGCGCCUACGAGAUGACCCGUGGUGAUCAGAAGGACUUCACGGCCAAUGGUUGGAAGGUGGGCAUUGCCGUGCUCGAGGUCACCGACACCGAGCCGGUCCUCAAGGUCGCCGACGAACUCCUGAUGGAGUUGCGGAUUCUGAAAGUGGAGAAAGGGCAACUGAAGAACGGGCAGCAUGACCGCCGAAAGGAGUUGGACUUCGCUUAUUUGUUCGUGGUGGAUGUCACGCAGCAGCUCAGCUACUUGUUGGUGGCCGGUGGCCGCGAGCUGGCGCUCGCCAAGAGUGCCUUCCCCGAGAAGCCUUUGCGCGAGGCCAAGCCGGGCCUGAAAGCGCCAGGCAACACCAUCCGGGCAGAAGAGACGCUGAUGGAGGUCGGAGGCCUAGUCUCGCGUAAGGCGCAGUUCGUGCCGGCCUUCUUCGCAGCGCUGAAUGGGGGCUUCAGCUGUCACAAGGAACCGAACAGUACCAUCAGUGAAGAGCUGGCCGGGAUCAAGGAGGAGGAUGAGGUGCAUGCCGCCAUUGAUGCGCUGCAGAAGGAGUCCUUCCAUGAUUCCGUCCAGGUGGUGCGAGAUUACACUCGAUUCCGAGAGGCCCUGGACGCCAGCUGAGGUGUUCUUUCAGAAAUAAUUGGCCUAGCCACCCGCCAACCAAGUUGAUUGAAUGAAGAGUGCUUUGACC